AUGGCCAUUUCCCGAUUUCGUCACACGCAUGCUGUUUCUGCGAAGCACGACAGACACUUCACGAACAUCAACCCUACCAGCGCAAUAUGGGACUGCAGUAACAUGAUUGCCUGCAACGACCGCUUUCUGGCGGUGCCGUGGGCACAGCUUGGCAGCACGGCGGUGCUACGCCACAACGACCACGGCAAGGUGGCGGCCAACCCACCGAUACUGUCGGGCCAGGAGGGCCCCAUCAUCGACCUCGCCUUCAACCCGUUUGACGCCACAAAGCUUUUUACGGCCAGCGAGGACGGCACCAUCAUGGGAUGGAACAUUCCCGACGAGGGUCUCACGCGGAGUACCAGCGACCACCUGAUACACCUGCAGGGGCACUCCAGGAAGGUGGGAAUCAUGAGCUUUCACCCUAGCGCGCGCAACGUCCUGGCCUCCGCUGGAGCGGACAUGGUGGUGAAUGUCUGGGACGUCAACAGUGGCGAGGCGGGGGAGGUGCUUAAGUGCCACACAGAUCACGUCAUGUCGCUUGAAUGGAACCUGGAUGGCUCACUGCUCUGCUCCACCACAAAGGAUAAAAAGGUGAAUAUCAUGGACCCCAGGCAAGGCGGCAUUGUUGCCUCCAGCCCUGCUCACCAGGGUGGCAAGAUUCAACGCUGUGUCUGGGCAAAGCGGAAAAAUCUUAUCAUGACCAUUGGGUUUAACAUGACACAAACCCGGCAGGUGAUGGUGUGGGAUGCCCGCAACAUGGUGUCGCCGCUGCAGACGGAGGAUCUGGAUCAGGUCAGUUGUAUCAUGCUUCCCUUUUUUGACGAGGACACAAACCUUCUGUACGUUGGAAGUCGCGGGGACGGAAGUAUUCGCUUCCUCGAGCUCAUGAACGGCCAACUUGUGACCUGCUCCGCCUACGACUCGGUGGAGGCGCACAAAGGGCUCUGCAUGUUUCCCAAGUGGUCUUUGGACACGCGGCAGUGUGAGAUUGCCCGGUUCUACGCACUCACCUCCAGUUCCGUUUACCCCGUGCAGAUGUUUCUCCCACGUAGGCUGGCAGACAGCGAGCUGCAGACCGACGUGUACCCGCCAACCUUUGCGGACACGCCCGCAAUCACAGCGGCGGCGUACUUCAAUGGGGAAAACAGCGAGCCACUCGUUACAGACAUGCAGGCCGUGUUUGAUGGAACGGAGCGUGAGGCGAAGCGAGCGGCGGAUGCAACGCUGUUGAGUGCAACACACGUUCAGGUGGCGCUGGAAGAAACACAUACGCGCAGUACCGUUCCAUCCACGUACGCAGAUCUCGUAACGAUGGUUCCGGGAUCCACGGAACCCAAAGAGGAUGAAAAAGCCAUGGAGGAGCGAUGCGCCGAGUUAGCCGCGCUUGCGCUGGAGUUGCAGCAGCAGGAGGCGGAGAUGAAACGGUGCGAGGAGGAGGCUGACAAGAAACGGCAGGUGGUCAUGGAGACAGUCGCCAAGAUGCGUGCCAUCGCCUUGAGGGUUUCUCGGUAG